AUACGUGAAAACAAGCCUUGAGUGGUAUAGUUACGAUAACAUGAGUAUGUAUUAUUGUCGUAAGCAAUAAGUUAUUGACAGAAAUUUGUUAUAACGUUAAAAUGCCUGCAACCGCUUUACAUAAGUUUAUAACGUUCAUAGGACUAAUGUCGAUAUUACAUACAGCUUAUUCAGCUGCCCAGCAUCGUUCAUAUUUACGAAUAACAGAACAAGAAUUCAUUGCCUUACCAAUUGAUAUUUUAAUACAGGGUAUUAUCAGUUUAUUUAUAGUUAUGUAUGGAGUAAUGUAUAUUGCCGGUGAUUUUAAAGAAAUUCGAGCAGUGGUUGAUCUGGAAAAUAAAUCUUGGGAAACAUUAAGAAAUCUCCCAUCAUUCCAAAUAUUCAGUCAUCGUGGAAAAUCUUUAGCGUCCUAGUACACAUAGUGAAUUUCAUUUUAUUAUCCAUUUUUAAGAGGAACAUAAUAUUAAUGUAAUUGUUUACCAAAUAAUACACUCUGGAUUAAUGUAUAAAAUUGUAUAAUAUAAUUUAAGCAUUAUUUAUUACUUGAUCUUAAGUUUAUCAUAUGUGUAUAAUAAAUACAAAAAGACAUAAUUCUCUACAAUAAUAUGGUAUGAAUUUUAAGUUAUAUAUUUAAAAACCGUGUGAAUUUACAUAUAGUGCUCGCGUAACAGUAAAGUACAAAUAAAAUGAAUGUUAAAAU